UCCGCUUGUGUUCCUCCUCUGUCAUUCUGACGCUCCUCUGCCUCCCUUGUUGCUGACUACUCACCCUCUCACAGGCUUUUCGUCCCCGUUUCUCUGUUUUGCUGCAAACAUGGUCGAGGCUUUCGUGGGCACAUGGAACCUGAAGGAGAGCGUGAAUUUUGAUGAGUACAUGAAAGAGCUGGGUGUGGGCUUUGCAACACGCAAGGUAGGCAACCUGACUAAGCCCACCACAAUUAUCUCUGUGGAUGGUGACAAGGUGACCGUGAAGACCCAGAGCACCAUUAAGAACACGGAGCUUUCCUUUAAGCUAGGAGAGGAGUUUGAUGAGACCACAGCAGAUGACAGGAAAGUCAAGUCCUUAGUGACAUUAAAGGACGGGAAGUUGGUACACGUUCAAAAGUGGGAUGGUAAAGAGACCACUUUGGCCAGGGAAGUUGAUGGAAACAAGCUCACACUGACACUUACAUUUGGAGAGGCGGUUUGCAGACGUCACUAUGAGAAAGGAGAGUAAAACCCACCAUGGAGUGUUUUGCAUCGGCUAAUGCCCCAAAACUCCAAGAAAAUGCCAGGAAUGGCUGUUGGUUCCCCUUUUACUGUACCUUCAGUAUUAUUGUUACUGCUGACCAGGAAUUUCUCAGCCCUUUGCUUGUUGUGUUCAUCCCUCUACUAAAAGAAACACUGAAUAAAUUCAAAUGAUUUUUUUUUAAAUAAAACCACUGAUUUUUUUUUUGUAUUAAAAAUGUGUUUUGCACACCUGGCAAAUUUCUGGAAUUUAAAAGUGUUCUUGUGAUCUCAAACAGUCACAAUAAAUAUGUUAACAUGA